AUGAUCCUGCUCAUCAAUAGUGCCAAUUGCCAAGUGGCAGGUUUCGCUGUAGCCACCGUAGGAUGGAUCCUCUCUACCAUUUGCAUGGGCCUCGUGGAGUGGCGAGUGUGGUACAUGGAUAACACCUCCCUCUUCCCCUCGGGCCUGGCCUGCGUGGGAAUGUGGAAAGUCUGCAUUUACCACCGUGCCGGCAACUUUAACAGACCCACAUCGUGUCACCGUUACACCUACCACGAUACUUACCUCCCUGUUGACAUUCAUGUUGCUCAAAACCUCCUGCUGAUUGCCAGCGUUCUAGGGCUCUUGGGGAAAGUCUCCACCACCUUUGCACUUAGGAAUGUGUACGUGGGAAUUCUUUGGAAGAAUGCUACCUGCACUGCAUUUGUUGCUUCAGGAAUUCUGAACAUAGCUGCUGGUGUCUGUAUCUCCAUAGCUGUGAUCUGGAAUUACUACUCGGUGAUGAAUGAGGAGGGUAUCGCCUUCCCGCCACAUUUCUGUAUGCCCUUCAAGCCAGAUACUCAGGAAAUUGGCAGUGCUGUUACAGUGGCAUGUCUGGCUGCCUUCAUGAUGUUGUUAAGUGGGUCGUUUUUCCUCUCUUAUAAAUUCCCCCUGGAGAGCCAACCGCAUCCUGAAGUUUCAGAAGUAUAA